ACUAAGACUGCCAACAUUUUAAGAGAUUCAAGCUUGAGAACAUCACCACAAACACAGAGUCAUGUCAACAUCUUCUCAAUCGUAUCCGAUGAGCGGCGGUGACGAUCAACACAGUUACAUCCAUAAUUCUUCAUACCAAAAAGCAGUUAUAGAUGGGGUUGAAGAAAAGGCAAGGCAAUACAUUUUAGAAAAAAACAAUCUCCUGAAUCUUAUGAAACCCGAUCUUAGUAUUUUUACUAUUGCAAAUUAUGGUUGUUCAAUCGGUCCUAACACGUUUCAUGCUGUUCAAAGUAUCACUGAUACUGUGAAACUUAAACACAUGAAAGAAAGGCAAGAAAUUAGUCUUGUUCCUCUCGAGUUCCAAGUUUGCUUCAACGAUCAAGCCAACAAUGACUUCAACACACUCUUUAGAACUCAGCCUCCUUCCUUUGAGCAAGAAUAUUUCUCGGUCGGUGUUCCGGGCUCUUUCUAUGGCCGAGUGUUACCGAGGAAUAGCAUCCACAUAGGACACACUUCCUACACGACUCACUGGCUUUCCAAAGUUCCCGAACACGUAUGUGACAAGAAAUCUCCAGCUUGGAACAAAAAUUACAUUCAUUGUAACAAUUUGAUAGAAGAAGUUACGGAGGCUUACAAGGUCCAGUUCAGAAAAGAUAUGAGCGUAUUUCUUAAAGCUAGAGCCGAAGAACUUGUGCCUGAAGGAUUGAUGAUCGCCUUAGGAGAACUUUUCAUCUGUUUUAUUUUUAUUUUUCUCUAUUUGCAGGGAGUAACCACCCUGGAAAAGAUCGAACUAUUCAGCAUGCCCAUGUAUUUUCCUCAGUAUAGUGAACUGAAAAGAGCGAUUGAGCAAAAUGGAAGCUUUACAAUUGAGAUGAUGGAGACUACAAGCCAUCCAUUGGAGGCUCUGCAACUAACCAAUGACUUCAUCACUUUAAUGUUUGGAGCCUUUCUCUCAACAAUGAUAGAAAAACAUUUUGGAGAUUUUGUGGUCGAUGAACUAUUCGAUCAACUUGCUAAGAAACUCUUGAAGCACCCUAUUGAUUUUGAAAAGUGUAAGAAAAAUAUGGUUUAUUAUAUCAUUCUUAAACGAAAAUAA